AGAAGACAUUCGAGUUGUCAUAAUGAAGCGGAUUGCUAAAAAGGUGAAGUUUGUGAGCGGAUGGACUUCCAAGCAUGGACCUAGAAUUUUGAAAAAGUAAAAUGCCAACACAUAUCAACGCAUGGGAUGAAAGGUCAUUUUUAAUGGUGAUUAUGGGUAUGAAGUUAAACAUGGGAGCCAUCAAUAUCAAGUUAGGCUGGAAGCAAGAAGUUGCUCUUGUAGAGCUUUGGGAACUGAGUGGAAUUCCUUACCCACACGCUGUCUGUGCAAUUUUUGACAAAGGUGGGGAUCCUGAGGACUAUAUCGACCCUUGCUAUUCAAAGGAGGUGUACCAGGGAAUAUAUUCUCAUCACCUUCAACCAAUGAAUGGAGAGUUGAUGUGGAGUAGGACACAACAUAAUGAUAUUGCACCUCCAAUUCCCAGAAAAACGUC